CCAAUAGCUCGUGACGAACACCAACGGCCAUGCCCAUUGCGACAGAUCCGAAAUUCGUCGGCCGAUCGUCCAUUUCGAAACCGAUGGAACACCGCUGCUAGCCAAUUCCCUACACGCACGAGGUCGUAACAACGUGAAAAUGGAGCACGAGGGGAAAUAUCUAACCACGGAUCCACGUCAAAAUUUCGAGUGGUCGGUGGACAGUCACGGCCGAUCUUUCUCCAAGUUUCCACCUGCUCGACCAGUCUCGAUCGAUCCAAGUAAAAGACCCGACUCUUUCCGAUCUGGUUUAUCUAUAUUAUCCUGCUCGCGUCGAGCGUGUUGAAAAGUGGAAGAAGUGAAAGUGUUCGAACAAUCGGCGUUACACAAAUUUCCCGCCAAUAAUUCGAGAAAAGCAAAUAUCCUUCUCGGUUGCUGUCACUCGAACAAUCGAAAUGCACGCGUGAACGGAAAAGGCGCGAGCUUAUAAAUGCUUCUUGUGACGGGACUUUCCAAAUUUCCUUGAACGUAAGCAGGUUCAAGUAGAUAAAUUGGCCAAUCGACAGAUACCAUUUAAACCGAAUCUUUCGAUACGGUACGAAUACGAAUCGCCUCGUUAGUCGCAUUUUUCUCGCAUUUUCCUGGCGAACAAUCAGUUACGUGAUGGGAAUCACGCGGAUAAGUUCGAGAGUUUCGCGUGUCGAAUAGUCAUUUGACGAUUUCCUCCGACUUCUUUUCACGAAUUCUGCUCGGUGGCUCGCGUCGAACUGCAUGUCGAAUCUAUCUCGAAACUUUACUGGAAAAGUUGCUGCGAACGUUUUGUCUCGAAAAUGAUGCGAGCAUCGUCGAUCGAGUUAUUGAUCGUCGGCCUGUCGCUAUUGCGCUUCGUCGAUCCUAUUCACAACAGUAACGUUCAGAGAUCUUAUUCGGUGAGCUAUGACCCGUCUGUUCCUUCUAUUACGCAUUCGGAAUUGCAUAAUGUUCGGAAUGUUCGCGAAGGAUACGAUUCCUCGAGCAUCGACAAGCAUUUGCCACGCGCGAGCGAAGAGAAGGCUGUUGACAGUUUGGAUUUGUUGAGUUAUCCUGAAAGAAUAUCGAAAGAAACGGUAUUUCUGCCAAUACUCGCUAUACCGAUGGAAUAUCGUAGUUAUAGAAAUUAUGGGCUGAACGAUCGUUCGAAGAAGGAAGAUGAGAUAAAUUCCAAAGAGGAAGAUAAAGAGAGUAGCUCGAUCGAGGGAGAAAUUAUAGAAAAAAUGAAAAUUCUCGAUAAAUUUUUAUCCGAAGAUUCGAAUGCAAAGGAUUUUGAUGUAAAUGGAAUCGAGGAUAAUAUCAUCCCUGAAGAGUCGAAGAGAGUCGUCAGAGAGGUGAAGAAGCAAAAGCCAGGAUUCUUUUGGACUCUGGCAAAACUCACAUUUGAGAUGAUCAACGACACGAAAUCAGCGAUCAAGCAAAUCAGUGAUAUUAUCAACAACAGUAUAGCGCCAGAUUCGGCCACUCAGAGUACGAUGACGAAGGCGGCUUUGACGGCUCCACAAUCGACGAACAAUGAAACGAACGCGAGCAAUCUGAACGCAACAGAAACAACGACAGAAGCGUCUACGACUACCACGCAACCCACCUUGACCAGAGACGAUUUGCAAAAAUUAAUCAGACGAAACGUGUUGGGCCUCGUUAGACUUUUCAACAUUGAAUGGAAUGACGCCCUGAACCAAUCAGAAACGAACGUGAAAGAGUUCCAGAAGAAUCUAGGAAACCAGGUGGGACUUUAUCUUCGUGAUAAUCCAGAAGCGUACAAGGAUUUUUAAAGAAUUCUUCUCCACAACGAUCCUUAGUAUUCAUUCUCGUAGCACGUAGUUAGCAAAGACUGAAACGUAUUAUUUUAAAAAAAUUAUUAUUAUUUAUAAAAUUGUGGUCCUCUAAUCCACAAGAACAUGUAAUUAUUUACCAUUCGAAUUAAAUCAGAGUUGAAAAUGAAUCAAAUUGUUAUAAAAAUGACUCCAGAUGAUUUCAGAAAAGUUUACCAACAAGUUAUAUCGUAGUAAAAGAGACGAAGACGGUCGAGAAACAUUUCAAAAACAUUCACAAAAGAUCUUACGUCAUCUAUUAAAGAUCAUCGUCCGAUAUUUA